AGCGAAGAAACGUUACAUGUGAGAAGGGCUGUCCCCGGAUCUUAAGCAUCGUUUUACUCCGGCUUUUUAGUAAUUUGAGCAUUUUAUGACGGUAGUUCCAUAGUAAAAUGGCACACAGAUGCUAGGAAACACGUGAAUUUGAUUUUGUCGCACGCGGUGGGGUUGUUUUGAAAUAGGAGAGAGGUUAUGGCGAGGGUCAUCUUUGGUCAGAUGUUCAAGGGCUUCCACCGUGUCCACAUCUUAAAGACACGUCCUUGUCUUUUCACGGGACAUAACGGAGCUAAACUACUACACACCACAGUGACAUUGCCAGGCAUUUUCUCUCCACGACCAAGAGACUUCAGUCUACCAAACUCGUCAUGGGGUCCCAAAAUGAUGGAGUUGUACGAUCAUUACAACAGCAUGUGCGAUUUGGAAACAGCAGACAUUCAUAAUCAAAUGGGGCCUUGGAUCAGACUGCCCAGCUAUAACCGCUCUCUCAAAUAUGCUACAGGUGGAGUUUACCUGAGUAAGAUGAUCCAGUCAAAGGCAAGACUUUUUACCAGAAAUAUUUACCAGGCAGGAGCCGCUUUUGAGUAUGUCAUUUUUGUGAACAAAGAGGAGAAGAAAUGUGUUUGUUUAUUCCAAGCAGGACAUCUACUGGAAGGACCCCCGGGUCAUGUUCAUGGAGGGGCAAUAGCCACCAUGAUCGAUACAAUAACAGGGACACAUGCCACUUUUCUGUCUGGACUCGUGGUGACUGCAAACCUCAACAUCAACUAUAGAAAUGCCAUCCCAUUAGGAAGCACAGUGUUACUAGAGUCGACACUGGACAAAAUUGAAGACAGAAAAGUAUAUAUAAACUGUAAAGUGACCAGCUCUGAUGGUUCUAAAGUGCACGCGGAGGCAACAGCUCUCUUUGUGUCUAUCAACGUGAGCCAUCUGAUGGGAAUGUAACACAACUUGUGCUUUAUCAUUAUACAAGUUAAACCAGAUGUUUACAUACAGUUAAGUUAAUUAGAGACACAGCUGGGGAUGUAUUUCAUGCCACUGGGGAAGGAGAAGGGUUCUGUGUCCCAGAGAUGAAUGUGCUUUGGUCCGAAAUGUGCAGAUCAACCCAAGAACAGAAGCAAAAGACCUUGUGAAGAUGCUGCUGAAGCUGGUAAGAGUGUGUCAAUAUCCACAGUGAAACAAGUACUGUACCAACGUGGGCUGAAAGGACACUCUGCCAGGAAGAAGCCAUUACUCCAAAAGAAACAUAAAAAUUAUAGAUUACGAUUUGCAAAUGCACACAGGGACAAAGACCUUCAUUUUUUGAGACAUGUCCUGUGACAAAACUAGAAUAGAACUGUUUGGCUAUAUAUGAGCAUUGUUAUGUUUGGAGGAAAAAGGGGGAAGCUUGCAGGCCUGAGAACACCAUCCCAGCUAUGAAAUGUGGGGGUAGUAGCGUCAUGUUGUGGGGUCGUUUUGCCGCAGGAGGGACUGGGACCGGUGCACUUCACAAAAUAGAUGGCAUUAUGAGGAAAGAACAUUGAUGUUUUGAGAUGCUGCUUCAGUAUUUCCACAUAGUCAGGAAGUUCAUGCUUGGGCACAGUGGUUCUUCCAAAAAGGACGCUGACCCGAAGCAUACUGCCAGACUUGGCUUAAGGAUAACAAAGUCAAUGUUUUGGAGUGGACAAUGCCCUGAUCGCCAUCCUACUGAAAAUUCAUGGGCAGACCUCAAAAGGCCUCUGUGAGCAAGGCAGCCUACAAACUUAGCUCAGUGACACCAGUUCUGUCUGGAGGAAUGGGCCAAAAUUUCUGCCAACUAUUGUGAGAAGCUUGUGGAAGGAUAUCCAAAACAUUUGACCCAAGUCAUAUAGUUUAAAGGCAAUGGUACCAAAUACUAAUGAAGUGAAACACCCAUCUCUCAUUAUUCUGGCAUUUAGCAAAUUGAAAUAAUUUUGGUAAUAUUAAUUGGCCUAAAACAGGGAAAGUUUAGUCUGAUUUCAAGAUUUAAAAAAUUGAAUGUGUCUUUACAUAGUGUAUGUAAACUUCUGGUUUCAACUGUAUCUGCCUUUUAUUUUUUAUCUGCAUUAUCACUGAACUGUUACAGACAUUUGUGACCACCUAGACAUUUGUGACUAUCUAGAAAAUGCCAGCUAACUUAAUAAUUUAUCGUUUUAUUUUAAUAUUUAUUCCAUUCCCAUUUAUUUAUUGGGUAAUAACGGUGGAAAAUUAUAAUUCAUAAUGGUAAUGCUCUGUUCUGAUGUAAAGUAAUAAAUUAUUUUAUGAUGUAU